GUGGCUGAUAUUAAUUUUGUCCCUCUAGGCUGCCCGUACUUGGUGACGAAAGCUGACAUCUGCGAGGACCCAGAGCUGUGUAUCGCCAUGUAUUUAACAAAACUUAACCUAAACAAUAAUAAUCUGGUUUAAACCCAGUGACAGUUAGAUGUUUACAAUGGCUUGGCUGAAAAGUUGUCACCAUUUUCUAAGAGCUGCCAGGUUGCCCCUCAGCUCACCACCAUCAUCUAAAACAUGGAUGUCCACCAGGAGUGGUCCUUUAGAGGACAGGAACAUCUUUCUCAUGGGUCCACCAGGUGCAGGGAAGACCACAGUGGGCAGACUGGUGGCCCACAGACUGGGACUGCCUGUCAUUGAUGUGGACGAUGACGUCCUGGAGACCACGUGGAAGAUGCCCGUGGCUGCCAAGCUGGAAUCUGUGGGUGGAGAGCGUUUCCUCCAUGAGGAAGGUCAGGCUUUGUGCAACUUCUCCGCUACUGGCUGCGUUGUUUCUCUAACUGGAUCAAACCCACUUCACGCUGAGGCCAUGGAGCGUGUCAGAGAGACUGGUCUGGUGGUCUACCUGGACGUGGACAGCGAAGACAUCAUACAGAGGCUCAACAGGAUGAAGGUGAACAGGAUCGUGGGCCAGGAGGCUGGAGUUUCCAUGAGGAACAUUCUGCAGUACAGGAAACAGUUUUAUGAGAAAUGGUUGGACGUGAGGGUGCUGUGUGGGAGAGGAGAGACAGUGGAGACGGUGGCAGAGAAGGUGCUGAAGGCUGUGGAGAGAUAUAUGAACCAUGCUGAAGGAACCUUGGUUUCCACCAGGUGUGAAAACAUGGACUCGUCCAAUCAGAGGUCAUUCAGUGAUGUGGUCGUUGAAGGAUUAGCUUCAGAUGGAGGUCUCUACGUUCCCAAAAAUGGCCUUCCAAAAGUUGAAGCUUGCGAAUGGCUGAGAUUGUCUGACAUGAGUUAUCCAGAAAGAGCUUUGGUUCUUCUAGAAAAGUGCAUACAUCCCAUGGACGUUGGUGCCGAAGAUCUCCGAACCAUGGUCUUCAAGUCCUACGGAGCAAACUUUUCCAGUGAGGCAGUUGCUCCUGUGAAACAUCUCCAGAACGAUCAGUACAUCCAGGAACUGUUCCAUGGUCCCACCGCCUCUUUCAAAGACCUCGCUCUGCAGCUGAUGCCCCAGCUCUUUGCCCACUGCCUCCCUCCCAUGUGUAACUUCCUGGUCCUGGUGGCAACAUCUGGAGACACCGGCAGCGCCGUGCUGAGCGGCUUCAGCCGCCUCCAGGGGGCAGGCAAACACAAGACGGGAGUGUUGGUGUUUUUUCCAGAGGAGGGAGUGAGUGAGAUUCAGAAGCUGCAGAUGUUGAGCUUCAGGGACGGAAACGCUCGCGCCGUCAGCGUUCGCUCAGACUUUGACUUCUGUCAGAGGUCCAUCAAGAAGAUGUUUGGAGAGUCAGGGCUGACGGGACACCUGGCUGUGGAGUAUGGUACUGUCCUCAGUACGGCCAACUCCAUCAACUGGGCGCGGCUGCUGCCACAGGUGGUGUACCAUUCCUCUGCUUAUCUGGAUCUGUGCAGAGACGGUGUUAUUAACUUUGGGGAGCCCAUUGACGUUUGCAUCCCCACCGGCAACUUUGGCAAUGCCAUGUCAGCCGUCUAUGCCAAGCACAUGGGAGUCCCGAUAAGAAAAAUCAUCUGUGCUUCCAACCACAACCACGUGGUCUCAGACUUUAUCUCCACAGGAGAGUAUGAUCUGAGAGGACGACCCCUGAUGCUCUCCCAUUCCCCCGCCAUCGAUAUCCUGAAAUCAUCCAACCUGGAGAGGUUUAUCUACCACGUCUCAGACGGAGACGCUCGUCUGGUCAAAGAUCUGUUCACUCGAUUAGACAGGAAUCAGCACUUCCAGCUUCCCGAGCAUCUUCUUGGCAGGAUGCAGCAGGAAGUGAGCGGCGGCUGGUGCUCAGAGGACGACUGCUUGGCCGCCAUCCAGGAGCUUCACACACAGACGGGCUACAUCAUGGACACUCACACCGCUGUGGCUAAAGUAGUGGCAGACAGGCUGCGGGGUGGCUCCACUUGCCCCAUGGUGCUUUGUUCCACCGCGCACUACGGGAAAUUUGCUCCUGCUGUGUUCAAAGCUCUGAGAGAACAGAAUAUUCCAGAGGAUCCUGAGCAGCAGCUGCAGACGCUAGCGUCGACUGCGAAAGAGCCCGGAGUUCACAGAGAUGUGAUGAAGAGUCUGAAGCAGAACAGGAAGGACUACAGUGUCUGUCAGCAGGACUACAGGCAGCUGGUGGAGCAGGUGGAGAACAUGAUCCAGGAGUCUUUCCUGAAAGUGGUGUAGAUUUUAAAAUGUCUGGAUCCAAUACAAACAAAAAAGUUAAAAAAAUAAAUCAUAAUUAUUCUUGAAGCAGAUUUCGAGAUGAUUUCAGGAGAACCAGUGAGUCACCUUCUCCAAUUUAGAAUUAUCUCCUGAUUUAUUCUCUGAAGAAUUACAGUCAGUAAUGGCUGACGUUUUCAGGGAAACACACUACCUGUAAUUCACUUCCCCUUCACUGUGAGCACUGACAUCACUCUCGGGUCUUUGUGCUAAAUAUGGAGCCUGACAACAGCAGCAGCAGCAGCAGUAGCCUGGACUCUUUCCUCUAAAUGUCACCAUCAACUGCAGGAUUAUUAGGAUUUUGUCAUUUUCAUUGAUUCCUUUUAGGCUGUAAUUUAAUUACCGGCAUUUAAAUGUCAAUAUAUUCCACUAUUAAUGCGUCAUUACAACCAGAGCUGAAGGAAAUAAAUGAAAUUCAUGUUGAUGUCAAGCAGGAAACGUCUCAGGUUUCAGGCUGUAGUUUCAACAGGGAAGGACACUUUGACCCCAGAUAUACUUAAAAGUGAAACCUGAGCCAUUUUAGAUCUGAUCAAUACGACUGCUGUUACUCAUGUGUGGAAAUAAACCGCUAGACCGAG